AUGAUGUCUCCGGCGAAGAAUCCGUCGACGGAUUUUGAUGACUCGGCGGAUGCGAUAAACGCUGCAGUUGAUGCAGAGCUCGCCGAGUUAGCGAAACGAGGAGGUGAGUCGAACGGCAUCGGAAGGAACAAAGCGAAAGGACCUUGGUCUCCGGAGCAAGACGCGGCUCUGACUAGGCUUGUGUACAAGUUAGGUCCGAGAAAUUGGACUCUGAUCUCUCGCGGAAUCCCAGGUCGGUCUGGGAAAUCGUGUCGGUUGCGUUGGUGUAAUCAGCUCGAUCCUUGUCUCAAACGAAAACCAUUCACCGAUGAGGAGGAUAAUAUGAUAAUGUCUGCACACGAGGUUCAUGGGAACAAAUGGUGUGUGAUUGCAAAACUCUUACCUGGGAGAACAGAUAAUGCUAUCAAGAACCAUUGGAACUCGGCGCUUAAACGUAAACAAGCAGAUCUCUGGACAAAUCAUCAUCAUCAAUCUAUGUCUAAUACAGUAACUCCUCACAUCAAGAAAGAAAAGGUCAGAAAGAUUGCAUCUUCCAAAGAACAUUUAACUCGAAAAGAAAUCUUGGAUAAUGAAGGAAACGAGACUCGGGAACGAAACUGUAAACCUUAUGUGUAUCGACCCGUGGCUAGGAUUGGUGGGGUUAGUGUUUUCUAUAAGCCUGGAUACAUGAACAACCAGAUUGUUCCACGCGAUGGACCUUUGGUUCAAGGAUCAAGACGAGACUCGUUGCCUGGUAAAUCCCUUCAGUCGCUUUGUUAUGAACCAAACAUUUCUUCAAAAUGCGGUCACGGUUGCUGCAUGAAUCAAGGAAAUACACUGCCAUCAUCGAACAACUCGGUUUUGGGACCAGAGUUUGUGGAUUAUGAGGAAAAUUCUUCUCUUGUUUUAGACCAAGAAUUGGUUUCAAUUGCAAACGAUCUGAACAAUGUUGCUUGGAUAAAGAGUGGACUUAACAAGAGCAAUUUCAGAGAAGUUGAACAGAUUUUGAAGGCUGAUGAUCAAUUUCGACUUGACUAUGCUCGAGCGAAAUUUACCGGCAUGGUGAACAAUGGUAGAUCAAGUCAGAUUUUGAGACAAGAUUUAAGGGCUUUGAGCUAA